UAGGUGUAUUGCAAAUGAGAAGCAAUUGCAAAACGAAAUGUCUGAAAUAUUCGGAGAUUUGGCAGUGGAUCUAUUGAGGAAAUUUCUGCAAUGGUUUUGGAGAUCCAUGAUAUCAGCUACAGAAAACAAUCCGAAGGUUUUAAAAAUAAAAGACGUAGAACAAUUCUUCCCGAGAUAUGCUCGGCAUUUAAAAGCUGCUGAACGUAUUAACAGAGAUUUGUUCUUGAACACUGUGAGAGUUCCAGAGUUAGUUUUAAGCAAUGACAUUUCAAGAAUCUCAGAAAGCAGAGAAUAUUCUAAAUUGCUUGUAGCUGCAACAUGUAUAGAGAAAGAUUUAAGAACACUUAGAAAUUACGUUCUUCUGCACUUCGUGGGUGCCGAGAAAACGAGUCUUAUGGUCCAAAAGGAAAUAGAAAAUAUUAUUUCUCUUUCACCAAAUGCUCUUUGGAGGGUAAUUGUUCUGAAAAAAGACAUGGAUAUCCAUACUGAAGACAAAUGUUCAUUAGUUCUUUUUGACAAGACUCGUGAAUGUUGGGAAUGUUUGACCUCUGCGUUAGAAUUACACCUUAUACAAAAGAUACAAUCAUCCAUAAGUGAAAAAGACGAUGAAAACAGCCAAGAUUGGACACUGUUGCUGAAUAGAUUGCAUAGCUGCUCUGUGUUAAAGAAGAAGAUAAAGAAUAUAGCUUUGUUACCACCAGGUCUAGAGGAUGCACUUCAGAGCAAUACAAGCAGUAUUGUCAGAUAUGGCUUCAUUCAUAACGAGUUCUAUGUCACUGUCAGAAAUGGUCAUGAAAACAAAAUUCGAAAAGAAAUCCAAGAAAUUCUUUCUCAUCAUUCAAGUGCUUUCAAGUACACUCUCCAUACUGAAACAGAAAGUGACGUUUCAUUUUAUACUUGUUCUGCACAAGGACAGAAACUUUUCCGAUCUCUUGAAGAACAUAGAAAAGGGCGAUAUGGUACUCUUGGUUGCACUGCUCUACUAAACGACGAGAGCCCAAUUGCAUUCACCUGCAGUCAUGUUUGUGUGGAAGGAACGGAUGUCUUCAUUGAUUCCGACGGAGAAAUUGUGAAGUUAGGGACUUGUGUUCAUAGUACAAAUUCAGGACAGUGGCUAAAUAUUCAAAGUGACCUUUCUAUUGUCAAAAUAACAGGUGAAGAACAUGAACUGGGGUUUCCAAUAAAGAAAGCGAUGCGAGAUAUAAAUGAUGAGGAGCGAACAGCAUCCCUCUUACAACCACCAAAGGAGAUUGAAAGUCUACAAAAAGAACACGUUUAUAAAAAAGGAGCAUCUACGGUCUGGACCAAGGGGAAAAUAGUGGGGAGUCAGAAGUUUUCACCAAGCUGGAAAGAAGCUAUUUUAGUCCAAAGUCUUGAAGAAAAUGGAGCUUUCGCCCUACCAGGAGAUUCUGGAGCAAUAGUUUUCAGAGAGGGGCGCGAUGCACUUAAAGAUAGAAUUGACAUAAUAGCUGUUGUCAUCGGAGAGAUGAAAAUACCCGACUCUGACACUAUUUCCCAUUUGUGUGGCUAUUUUCAUGAUGCAAUUUUAACAAUCGCAGAAAAAUACCCCGAAAUUGAAAAAAUAUCUAUGGUGAAUCCUGUUGGUGAAGACACCAUACUUUACCGGCGUAAAAACAGUUAUUGUGUUUUGUCUUGAGUUAAAAAAGACAGAAGUUUGUGCUAAAUAUGCUUGGUUAUAAAUUUUGACUGUCAUUGGUAUUGUCAACGAAAAUGUUUUCAAACUAAUUAUG